AUGUACUGGCAUGACCCUUACAGUUUACACUCUCCUCUACACAAACGGCAACUUUUUGGGAAGAAUAAACCCAAUGUCUAUCCUUACCCUUAUUGGGCUCGUUAUCGUGGUUAUAUUUAUGACUACGCAAAUCCUUCAUUUUAUUCGAAGGAGUACGACUUGAAUUAUUUUGAAGUUUGA